ACGGUUUGGGCGUAAGUGCCUAACCGGAGCCACUACCCGGCCCGUAACCGACCGAAAGGUUGUGGAACUUUCGAGUGUAAUCAAAUCCUAACCUAGACGAUACACACAGAACACCCGAGAAUGUCGGCGUCGGAGUUACCGGACGAGCUAUGGAGAAGAAUUUUGGAAACUGGAAUUCACCUCUCCAACUUGAGCUACAGGGACCUCUGCUGCCUCUCAAUCACUUGCCGGCGUCUCAACCGCAUCUCCGGCGAGGAUUUUCUCUGGUAUUCUCUGCUUUCCUCGGAUUUUCCGCAACCUCACGCCAACGAUCCUUCCUCCGCUUCUACCUCCAGCAAAAAGAAAUCCCUCUACAAAAUCAGAUAUGAAAGGGAUAGGGAGCGGAAGCGGUUAGCGCACAGAAGAGCUGUUUUGAGAAUGGAGAGUGAAGUUGCUGAGCAUCGGAGGAAGAUUCAGGAGUUAGAGCUUCAGUUGGCGGAGGAGAAAGAGAAGAUGAAAAGUGCCGUUGUUGAGUUGUCGAAUUUACGAAGGGUGAGGCAAGCAUCAGUUGCACUAAAUGUGUGGCAGCCAGAUGUUAUUCGAGGCAGGCAAAAACAGGUUGUUGAGCAGUGCAAUGUACCGGUUGAUUCUCGAAUCAAUUCCACUGAAAUGGAACUCAGGCUUUGUAGGCAACAAAUUGAAGGAUUUGAUAAGGCCCUGAGAGUUGAGGUUCGAAGGUUAGAAGCUGCAAAGGAAAAGUUGGCUUCGGUAAAAUAUCACCCCUUGCAAGACAAUAACCUGGCACUCAGCCCACUUGGCACUAGAAAGAAAAAGUUGAAAACUUCAUCACAUGUUUCAUAAAUGAAGACGAGUAUUUGCUCCGUAUUAAAGAUGAGGCCCUGCUCAUAGUGGAUCAUGGAUGAGGACCUAACACAUAUCUUUGUAAAACUCCAUGAAGCUUAGACAAAUAGUAACCCUCUUUUGGAUGACGAGGGAAUCCCAUAACCCUUUUGGGUGUAGGUAAACCCCGCCUUGUGACCCUAGCCGGCAAAAGACCACAAGGAAGUAAACCAGCCUAGGUUACCCAUAAUUGACCGGGUCAAACCAAGGGGGCAAGGAUUCGAACUCGUGAACUUGUGGUUACAAGUGUGGAUCUCUUGCGAUCUUGGCUGCGGUUACUCCCAAUCUAGUAACCCUCUUUGUUUUGGGAAGGGGGAGUGGAUCAUCGAUUAAACCCUUCAACUGUUACCAAGUUUCAGGUUGUGCCACCGUGGUCUAGGAUUUCUGAUUUGUUUAGAUCUUCAUACUAGAGAAUCCAUUCAACUACUUUCAUUUGCUUCGAUAAAAACUCCUACCAUACUUGCUAGCUUGCUUCACUUUCAAUCACGGUGGCUCAGCAAGUUUGUUGCAUUUCUGUUAGUUCACUUGAACAUGCCGGCUAGCAGAGCUAUCACCGUAGUUCAUGUAGUAUAGUUAUACAUGCAUAUGUAGAUUGUAGUCCCACUUAGCUUCCCCAAACAAAGGAAUUCGCAUUGGAACUUUUAAACAAGAAGUUGGAUAUUAAGUUAGAGAAAGUUAAGUAUAACAUAAUAGUGUGUUAUUGAUAUGCUUUUGACAGGAAAUCGGCAUUAUCUCUUGGUGGGUGGCUUUGAAUUUUUCUCUCCCAAUAGUUGAUAGUGAUUAUACAUCUUAAUUUUGUUCUCUUUUUGUGUGUAGUGCAUUCUGAAGCCUGAACUGCCAAUCUGGUGAAGAACAAUGAAGUCUGUCUUGGCAAGAUCGCUAAUGCCUCCACUGCACAAUUGUGCAAGAAUUCUGAACCGUGUCUUGCUUAAACCACGACUGUUCCAACAAUAUGCGCGAGGGAUUAUUUUCUGCUGUGACUCGAGCAAGAAUAUGAAGACUGCUGUGACUCGAGCAAGAAUAUGAAGAAACUGCAAUCAUACAUUGCGUGGAUACAAGUAUUUUGUAGGCAGAUACAGCAUUAUUGUAUGAGUAGAAAGCCUGAUUUUGCAUGGCUUUAAUUUGCAAUAUACAUCAUCUGGAGCAGUGGAAUGCCUCCUCAUGCAGUACUGGAAGGAAUAGCAAUUCGCACCAAAUAUGUUAUAUAUAUAAAGAUACAAAAUCAAUCUUUAUUUUUUAAGGUAAUUUCUAAUUUUGAUCGUAUACCGAUUUAACUAUGUUCAUUUCCAAGUUCUAUUGUAUACAUGCUUGUAACCAUU